AUGGUUGAAGAAAAAAGUAAAGUUAUAGAAUUAGCACACCGUACUUCAAAUAAAUUUGCUGCUCACUGCUAUUCUCUUGAUUUAACGAUGGUUGAAGAAGCCCAACUCUAUAAAUGGAUAAUGAAGCUUCAUAAAGAUGGUUUCACAGUUAAUUAUUCUAGUAUUAAAAUGAAAAUGGUUGAAAUUAUGAGAUUAAAUGCAAGACUAGCUCAAGAUGAGGCAGAGAAGUUAGCAAUUGCUAAUUUUAA